GCUCUUGCUUGUAUUUUCGCCGUGUGGUAUAUGCUGUUGAGAUACUCCUAGGAGAUCGUACAGGAAUGGUGGAUCACUUGCUACCUACUGAUGAAUCUUUUUCAACCACAAGAUCUUCUCUUGGAUACUUUGGGGACAUGACAGCAGGGGUGAGGUCCUACCAAAUGCUGCCCUCACCCCUCUCAGAAGAUGACAGUGACUCUUCCAGCUUCUGUUCUUGUUCCAGCCCUGAUUCCCAGGUUCUCAGCUCCAGCUAUGGGAGCACAUCUAGUGCCGAAAGCCAGGACAGCAUCUUAGACUACUUAUUGUCCCAGGCAUCUUUGGGGAACACUGCUGCAUCUUGGUGGGACAAAAGGAGACUUCAGCCAAUAGUGAAAGAGGAAUAUUUUAGGUUGCCUGAAUUUGCAGUGGAUAUGGAAGACUCUGGACCAUUUCAGCCAACACUUGAGGAAAUUGAGGAAUUUCUGGAGGAAAACAUGGAGCUGGAGCUCAGAGAAAGACCUAAAAGUGAGACCAAGGACUUGAGAGCUUGCAGCCAAGGUUCUGUUGCUUCUAUACAACAAAAAGACCAUAUGGUACCCAACGCUAGUUUAAAAGAGAGUAAAAAUGAACAAUUGAGCAGCUCAACGGAAGGUAGCCAGGCUUCAAAUGGAGGAAUGUCUCUGGAGAAUGGUAUUCCAGUUAUGCUCCAAAUCCAGCCUGUACAGAUCAAGCAGGAGUCCAACACGAGCCCCAGUUCUCAAGGACCAGCGCAAGAGAAUAUUAAAAUUGCACAGCUCCUGGUCAACAUCCAAGGACAGACGUUUGCCCUUGUGCCCCAAAUAGUUCAGUCAUCCAAUUUGAACUUGUCCUCUAAAUUUGUCCGCAUUGCUCCCGUCCCCAUCGCCGCCAAGCCAAUUGGGCCAGGAGGCAUGAUCCAGGGUCAGACGGGACUCAUCAUGGGUCAGAAAUUUCAAAAGAACCCUGCAGCAGAACUCAUUAAAAUGCACAAAUGUUCUUUCCCUGGCUGUACCAAGAUGUACACGAAAAGCAGCCACUUGAAAGCCCACCUGAGGAGGCAUACAGGAGAAAAGCCUUUUGCAUGUACAUGGCCAGGUUGCGGAUGGAGGUUCUCCAGGUCAGAUGAGCUGUCCAGGCACAGACGCUCCCACUCGGGCGUGAAACCGUAUCAGUGUCCUGUCUGUGAGAAGAAGUUUGCUCGAAGCGACCACUUGUCCAAACACGUCAAGGUGCAUCGGUUCCCACGAAGCAACCGCUCCGUCCGCUCCGUGAACUGAUUGGUCCCGCUUUCCCCUUCCCGCCCAGCCGUCCUAGAACAUGAUGACAGCACUUUUCUCACUAUAUUUCUAGUGAUAAUUUAUUUGUCUUCACAGAACAGUCAAUGCUGUUACUUGAUACCACCACGUCUGUGUCCCAUGUCCUUCUAACAUGAUUUGAGAAUGAAGUUCUCUUGGGUCAGGGGAGGGGGGUGUUUCUUCCCAUUUGUCUUUUUUUUUUUUUUAAUAUGUUAAUUUCUUUUCCUUCUAUCUUUUCCUCCUUUGCUGCUGCUUCUUUUGGAAAUUACAGUGUUUUAUUUUUAGCUGUUUUCUGCUGCACAGGAAAAUGUAAGAGUUGCUUGCUGCUAGUUAAUUAUAGCCCUGUCAUUCCUGAGGGCUUUGCUCAUGUACAGGCCAUCCAUUGUGAGUUUUUAUUAAGCUGCUCUAUUUGUCCAGUUUGGAAACAGCAAAUUCCUUUUGAAAUGAAAACAACCCCUUUGUUUUUGGGUUGCCCGAGCCAAGGAUUUGUAGGGGCCGGCAACAGGAGGAGGAACAGUGGGAGUCAGGGGGAGGCAAGGAAUGGAGAGCGCUGGAAUGCAUCUCCCAGCCCUUGGGUUUCUCUGGCUCACACUUACCUCUUCCUUGGUGAGGGCUAUACAUAUAUAUGUGUGUAUGUGCAUAUGCAUACAUACAUAUAUAUAUAUAUAUUUAAGCAAAGGCACAUUCCAAGCAAACACAGAAGCUUGGGCUGCGC